AUGAAUAUGUGACACAGUAAGACGACGUGUCGCGCGCAAGACCAGCUCCGUGGGUCAAAGGUCCUAAACUCUAACAUCGGCCAUAACUACUCAUUCAAAGUGCCAUCGGGGGCAUAUGUCAUCCUAUGGAGACAGCUCUUGUUAUUUCAUUAUUUGUUUUUUAACAGGUUACAAAAAUGACUCCUUGAAAUUGAAAUUGACCCCCAAAGUCAAACAUGAAGGGGUCAUUAUGACCCCCUAUCAAAAUUUCCAAGGGAAAACCCUGGUUGAUUUCAAGGGCUUGAUAUUUUGUGGUUUGAACCAAAACAGAACUGUUAUUCAUGGGGAUUUUGACCUUAGUGAAAUGAAUGUGAAUAUUACUUGUUUGCUAGGAUUUGAUUUUGUUGAUAGACUCAACCUUUGAAAUCCUCAAAAAAUUAGUCCCCCAUUAAGAUUAUGGUUUUACAAUAUAUCUGAAUACAUAGAUGUACAUAACAUUUUUGCCGUAAGUAUAUGAUGUUUUUUUUACUUUCCUUGAGUGUAAUGAUGUGGCAAAAUGAGAGGAAGUGCACAGCAUAAAAGCUAUAAUUCUAUCUUGAAUAACUUCUGUAUUAUUUCCCUUUUAGUAAAGGAGAUGAUGAAGAGAGGCAUGGCACAGUAGUCAUAUUUUUAUCUAAAAUGUUAAAUUAAUCUAUCCCUGACUGAUGUGGAGGGUUUUAAGCUUUCAAGUUUAUAAAUUGCAGAGUUAGUUAAAAUAAAUGAAAUGAAAAAGAAAAUGAAAAGAAAAAAACCAACAACAAUUCCAUUUUGAAUUUUGUACUCACAAAAAAUAAAUGAAAGGCAGUUUUUUUAAUGUAAUUUUGUGGAUUGACGCAACCAUGAAAUGUAUGAUAGUCUCCUUUCCCUUAUACUUUGUUAAAUGAAAUUUUAAAAGAAUACUAAUAGUACUCUUGUACUAUAAACUUAAGCUUAAUCUAUCGCACUGAAAACAUUGUAAAACUUUACAGUUUUUAAUAUGUAGGUGAGUGCCAAAUGAAUUAUUCAAGACUGAAAGUUAUAAAUAUUGACUAUAAAUGGUCUCUGAAAAUAGUAAAACUGUUUAUUGUAAAAUAUUUUGGUUUGGUUUAUGCCUACAAACCAUUUUGAAAGUUUUGUAAAGUCAUUCAACUGUUCAUAGGGUAUCAGUUAGAUUUUAUGUUUAUAUAAGUAUUGACUCAAGUUCAUGAUUAAGGACACUGAAGACAUUUUCAAAAAAUAGGCUUUUAUAAACAGGAAGUACAAUCAUUUAAUCCACUGGUAUAUAUUUAUGUAGUGUUGUAAUGAUAUUAUAGUUUGCUGCUUUAAGGAAAUGUCUAAGGCUUGUUGAAUUGAAAAUGGAUCAGACUAAGUAGGCGUGACUUCAUAUAGAUAUACUACAACACUUACGUUCAACUCCCGCACAAAGGCGGUCAUGGCAGAUGUAGCACAAGAAAACAUUAAAGAAAAGGUAAAUUCUGUGAGAGAAGUUGUAAGUGGAAGAAGCAACAACGAAAUAAUCCUGGUGCUACAGUUUUAUGACUAUGAUGUAGAGAAGACUAUACAGGCCUAUCUUGAAGAUGGAGCAAAAGAGGCCCUGCAGGAGUGGCAGUUCUCAGGAACAAAGCCAGUGAAGAAGAAACGAAACAAGAAGAAGACAUCAACAACUCAGGCACCUCCUGCUGGAGCACAGUCUGCUAGUAUAGCACAGACUCCAGACAGCGAAACAGGCUCAGCAACAACCUGCGUUCUGAACGGAGAUAUCUCUCACCCACCUGUGAUAAAUGGAGUUUUAGAUAAUGAACUAGACAUUAGUCAUUCAGUUACGGUAAUCUCAAAUGGACCAACAACAUAUCAUGUUCCUGCCACUGGCGCCACCUCACCAUACCCCACCCAGUCAGCCACAACAACAGCUGCUGCUGAAGAUAGUAAUCAUUUUGAUGUCACCUUGCCUAACAGCAUUACAAGUCAGUCUGAAUCAAAUGUCACCAAUUCAGCAAUAGAGGUGAAGGUCAUACCAGAGUUGAAGGUGACAGGAGAUAAAGGGGCCAAAGAGAAGUCACCAAGUCCUCAGCCCCAAAGACAGCAUCAUUCAAAUCAUCAUCAUAAUAGACAAAGAGCACACUCAGGAUCUCAUGGCCACAAUGACAGCAGAGAUAGGACAGCAAGUACAUCAUCAACAGAUGGAAAAACAGGGAAAAAACAUGCUCACUUGGGUCUGGAAAGAUCAGCCAAGGAUCUACACAGGCAAACUGUAUCCCUGGACCGUCUUCGUCUCAUCUUUAAUGAAGAGGUGGACAAAUCUUGCAAAAGAAUAAAAUCUGUAUUUGAUGAAGUCAGAACCUGUUUGAAUGCAAGAGAGGCCUUUCUUGUAGGAGAGGUGAAAGCACUUAAAGAAGCAGGAGGGGAUGUAUUCAACAUGCGUCAAGGGCUCGCACAUGACCUUAAAGUGAAGAUUGAUCGUGCAGAAAGAAUGAGUGAACAUGAUCUGGCAGAAUUGCGUCUAGAUAUAAAGCAUUUUGUGAGUGACAGAAAGAUUGAUGAAGAUUUGGCAAAAACAACAAGAUUUAUGUAUGAUGACAAGCUGAAGAAAGACAUAGAGGAGUUUGGUGAAAUUAUGCCAGUGAAAUGUCAGUAUAUUCAAUGUCAAGGAUCAGUGUCCAGUGUAACAAGCAGUAUAGCGAUGUCUGAGUCGGAGCAGCAUAUACCUAAACCAACUCUAGAUAUCUCCAGUUCUAACAAUAAUGAGAAGAAGCCCAUUUCACCCCACUUAGACCGUGACGAAGCCCACGAGGUGGCAGAGUUACAGCGAAGAUUGAAACAUUCUUUAACUUUAGAGGGUAUACCUGUAAAGAAUUACCCAGAAAGACCUGAAAGUGCUCCAGUCUCAAAUAACUCCACAGCUAAAGUAGAAAGUUCUCCUACACAAGGUGGAGCAAGAAAAAACAACCGAAACCGUCAACGAAAUGAUCGUGACAGACCACCUCGUCAGGAUGGACCAAAGGAUGAUAAUCGUGUUUCAUUUAAUCAGGCCCCAAAUGGAGAGAGAGUUAUUUUGAUUGGACGUAAAACGGGCCCUCAGGGUUCUGGACGACCUCCUCGGGGCGGGCGGGGUCGUGGUGGACGGGGAAGGGGAGGUAGUUCAAGCAUGAACAGGGGUGCCAAUACAGACAGUUUAAGACCUGGAAGUAAUUCUGGGGAAAAUUCUGGAUUAGGUGCACCAGGCUCAUCAUCUGCAUCAGGAAGCAAAGAUUCUAGUGCAAGGAAACCACAACCACAGAGAGAGAAUUCAGGCAGUCCACGUCGGGGCAGAGGUCGAGGUCCCCCUGGCCGUCGCAGUAAUCCACCUAGUUCAAGCACUACUAAUAUACAGCCUCACAAUUCUAAUGAAAAUAAAAGGGAAGGGUAAAAGUAUCUUUAAUUGCUAGUCAACGAAAAUAGCACAGCUACAGUGUAAAUAAUUUUGUUAUAUUUUGAAAAAACAUUGUUACUAUUACAGAUUCUAUUUUUGAAUGACAUUGUUAAUUAUGCAAUCUACUUACAUAUUCACUAGAUGUAUAUUAUUGUUAUCUUUAUGCUCUUGUAUAUGUAUCAUGCUAUUGGUGACUGUUCUACAUGAUGCAUUUUAUUGAAUUGAUAUAAUUUAGAUGUAAAAUUUCCUUCUUUUUCAUAGCGCUUUAGGAUUCCGAUGUUCAUGGUUCCCAUAGACUCAUACAAAUUAUCACCAUACUUUUUGUUUUAUUUUUGCUUUUGUUUUUGAAAUCAACUUUCAUAAUGGAUACAUAGUUGAUACUUUGUGUAGAGUGAAAAAAAUGUUUACUAAAGAAAUUUUUCAAAGUGAGAGAAAAAAUGAAAGUCAUGCUGUCACUGACAUAUAAACAUCACUGUUACUGUAGCAUCAAGAAAUAUUUUUGUACCUAAUUUGUAGAAAGUAAUUUAAAAGUCAUGUUAUUUGUUGUAUAUUUUGAUGCAGGGCUGUGUUAAGCAAUUAUUUUAUUCCAAAAAUUUCCAAAAGAUAACCUGAUUUUCAUCAUAUUAAUCAUUGUUUAUGCUAUGUUUAUCGCAGCUUGCAGCCCUGGCUUUUUGAAAUUGUAAAUGACUAUUUAGUUGUAAACAAGUUAGAAUUCUCACAGUUAUAUUGUGUUACAGAUGUGGAAGACAUUUUAAAGGUUGUAAUUGUGACUUUCCUUUUCUUCCUAGAAAAGUGUGUGCAAACUGGAGGGGAACACCUUCAUAAAUCCUUAGUAAAUCAUAAUAUUAACAUUAAUUCAUCAAUUAAUGUACAUCAGUUAUCAUGAAAAUAUCUAUUAUGUAAAAAAAAAAAAUGAUGGGGAGAGGUUUAGUCCAGUGCUCAGAAAGACAAGUAGAGUAGAACUGGAAAAUUAACAUAAUGUGUUUCAUAAUUUAGUUUAAUGCAUUUUAGUUAACCUGAGCUUUAUGCUUAUGGUGAGCUUUUAGGAUCUGUGGAUGCGUGUCGUACAUCUGUAUGUCCGUCAUCCAUUUGUCAUCUACAAUAGCUUUGAAUGAAAUCUUUUCCUUAACCACCAAACCAAUUUCAAUCAAACUUCACAGGAAUGUUCCUUGACUGGUCCCCUUCCAGAUUUUUUUCAAGAAUAAAUUUUCUUUGCAGAAUUUUGGUUGCCAUGGUAAUGAAAAGGAACAGCUUAAAAAAUCUCAGAAACCACUGAGCUGAUUUUUGAUUAAUUUCACAAAAGUGUUCAUUAGGUAACCCUUUACCAGAUUCCUUCAGAUCUUUAUGUUUGUUUAUAAAAACAUGGCCCCUAAGGGGCAAGGCUAGUCUUCCCCAGUAUGAAACCACUGGCCCUAUAUCAGAGUUUGACAGCAGUGUUCCUCGAGUAACCGGUUACCAGAUGCCUUCUGUUUAAACAAACAUACAUGCAAAAGUGGGGGCGGGGAUUGAGGGAAAGCAGGGGUGGGAUAGUUUUCCCUGUCUUGUAAUAUUGAAACUGAAAAUCUUCUCUGAAACCACUGUCUUGAUUUCAAAAUAACUUCACAGUAAUGUUCCUUGGGUGAUCCUCUACCAGAUUCCUUCAGUAUUCAGUUUCGUUUUAAAAAUAUGACUUCCAGAGGAUGGAGAUAAUUUUACAGCAAUGUUCCUUAAAAUGAUCCUCUACCAAAGACCUUUAAAUAAUCUGUUUCUUUAAAAAAUAUACAUUGGCUUUAAAAAUCUUCUCUGAAACUGCUGAUUUUAAAACAUUUUGAAGGCAAUGUUCCUUGGGUAGCCCUCUACCAGUUCCUUCUGGUUUUGAUCAUUUGUUGAAAAACUUUAAAAUCUUCGAAAACUGCUGGCCCUAAUUAUAAACUCAUUUUCCUGUUCAAGCGAGCUUUGAAACUCAGGUGAGCUAUCUAGGACUAUCCUAGCCCUCUUGUUGAAAGGUUGUUCAUUGCUUAGUGUUGUUCAGUUAGAUGUAUUCAGAUUAUUAUAUUUUUGUGGGUAUUUUUAUUGAACUGGACUGACUGCCUUGUUUAGAUUUUAUAUGAAUUUCAAAUUUUAGAUUAUGCAUGGCUUGAUGAUUUUAUUAUCUUGUUAAACAUAAGUGAACUGACUUGUUUCAAACAUAUCAAAUAGACAAAUACAGUUAUAUUUUGUACAAUUUAGUUUACACAUAUAGAAACAUAUGUAGUUAAAGAAGAACUUAAACAAUGCAAAUUACCUGUGUACAAAUAUUUUAACUUAAUUCUAGCAAACAGCGAAAGUGAGUUUUUGUCAUGUGUUUUAGAGAUGUUGACUUCCUGUAUUGUCAUAAUUUGAUUAUGGCCUUAUUUUCUCUCUCUGUUUAUUGAACUUAAUAUUGCCAUCAAUAGAAAUAUUAAAUAUUACCUCAUAAUUUGAUCAGUCAAUUUAAUACAUAGUGAGAAAUUUUGUCUUGGUAAAUUAUUUUUGCUAAGUAUUUUAAGAACAGACUUUGUCAGAUUAAAACAUUUUGUCAAGUCACUGCUUGCCACAAAGGUAUGUUAUAUAUAUAUAUAUAGUGAUAUAAUGUUCUGAAGUUAAGAAAUGGUUGUAAAUACUGCUGUAUUGUGAUACUUCUGAAAAGUCCCUUGAAUUUUUGUAAAAAACUUGAAUCUUAAUCUGUACAAGAAUUAUGUGAGAAUAGUAAACAUGUGAAAAUAAAGGAUAACAAAACAAAGAAAAGGGUUGUACUAGCUGCAUGGGUGUUCCGAUUUCUCCAUUAUUGUAGGGUCAUCCCCUUGUGCUUAAAGUGUGAACACUCUUUUCAGGUAUCACUGGAUUAUCGAGUGAGGAAUAAUUGAGUUUAAUCAUCUUGCCCAAUGUUCACAAACCAAUUUCAGUCUCAGCUGAGUUUGAUAAUGACGUUUUUCAAGUGACUUCCUAAUUGAUUGGAAUUUUUAUUAGCAUGUCUGUCUCAAACUCAGCUGAGACUGAAAAAUGUUUUGUGAACAUGGAGCCUGGUUGGCAUUAAUACUGUGAUGAUAGGCAGUCUUGAUAGUGUUUGUCCUUUAUCCCAGUUUAAGCUGGAAGAUUGGUCAGGUUUUUUGGUUCAGUUUUUGCCCUAGUACUAUUUAGUUCUUUAAAAAAAAUGACGGAACCAGUUUAGAAGUUUAGUAUACACCUUCCAUUGAAAUAUUUAUGAAAACCUUUUGGAUUGUUAUCCACAAUUCCUGUUGCAUUUUAUAUGAGGGAACACCUUUUUACACAGUACAAGUGUUUCACUCUGAUUUUAUAACUGUUUGAUGUAACUGCUUCAUUAUAGUGUUACUAGUCAUAUAACUUGUUGCAAACAUUUAGCUACAUUUUGCUUGACACAUUGUAGAUAGAGCUAUUAUAAUACUUAUAUUUGUCAAACAGAAACAUUUACUUCUCCUACAUGUAUUGUAAUGUGUGAAAAUACCUUAGCAGAACAUGUUUCUCAGAAAUAGUUGUUGUUGUAAUGUGCCAAAUUUGUUGCUUUGUAGUUGUAGAGCUUUAAAAUGAAGUAUUUUGUAUUAAUGUUAAAUGGUUAAAGGUGUUGUGUAUUAUAUGUGAUUUAUUUUACUUAUGUGAACAGAAAUGCAGUCAACUUUCAUUGUUACAGCAUUCGUUAUAACAAAGUAUUAAUUUUCUUUACAUGUCUCUUAAUCUACUUAAUAUUUAUUGUGUCCUUUUCAACAGGUAAUAAAGAAUUAACAAACCAACAAAUCACAAAGUGAAGUUUCCUUAGAAUUUGGUUAGUCUCCUUCUGGUAAAAUCAUAGCGGUCUUCUGGUAUACUCCAUGUUAGUCUGUCGGUCAAUCCAGCGUGAUCCUGUGAUUACUUUUAAUACUAUGCACUUUACUUCAUUUUCUCUGUUUGUCCAUCUGUCUGUUCAUCCACCAGUCCCUAAUAGUGGAUUCUGGAAUAACUUUAAAAAGUACAAGAUAUUUUCUCAUGAAACUUUGAUCAUGGGUAGAUGGCAAUAUGGAGAAUGUGUAUAACAGUAUAGCCUCCUUCUAAAAAGUUGAGUAUAUUGUUUCGCUCAUUUUGAGCAGUCAGUUGGUAGACCAUUUGGUUUCUGGUCGAUAGCUAGAGAACGCAUCAUCUUGCAAUGGUAAAACUUCAUACAAUGACUGCCUGUGGUCAGUACACGACUUGUAAUAUUUUGGGGGUCAGUAGGUCAGAGAUCAAGGUCGCAGUGACUAUGAGACUGCAAACAGCUUCAGCUUAAUAACUAAAGAAUGCUUCAGCCUACAGUCAUCAAACUUCAUAGGAUGAUGGCCUGUGGUCAGUAGUUGACCCCUAUUGUGUUGAUGGUCAAAGGUCAAGCUUAAAAUUGAAAAUGGGACAUACCUUCAUGAAGGGCAUGUGUGUUUUACAAGCAGCUCUUGUUUUAUUUUGUCAUUUUGUUUGUCUGUCCAUACAUCAGUCUUAAAAGAUAGACCUUGCAUUAAUUUUAAAAGUGCAAGAAAAGUUGUUUAUAGAUGUAAGAUUGUUUUUGAGUUUAUGCAUGUCAUUCAGUUUGGUUUCAGUAUAAUAUUGUGAUUCUUAUAGCAGCAAAUACCAAAUGCCUCUUCUAGUAUGGAGCCUUUAUUGUUAGGUAUAUACAUAUAGUCUUGUUUAUUGUGUAUAGAGGAACUAAAUGAUAUUUCAAAGGAAAAUAGACUUGGUUGAACAGUUUAGAAAACAUGGAAUGAGAACUUGGGUACCUGCAGGUCGGGGUCCAGUUUGUUUUACUAAUAUCUGCGUGACUUUUCAGUUUGAAAAAUAUUAUUACAUUGCAUGUGUUCAGGAACAGAUUUUCUAUAAGGAUAUAUUUCUGUCUUAAGGAAAGUUCAUUUUAAUUUGUCUGCAUCAUUGCAAUAUGUAUCUUGAUAUUGGACUAUUUAGAAGUAUGAAAUUAUAAAUUAAUAUGAAAUGGCAUAAAAUGUUUUGAGAGAUGAAAUAUUUCUUUUGAAAUUGAAGUGAGCGAUGGCAAAGCUUGGUAACAAUCUUCUCAUUGUAAUGCAUCUGUAUCCUAUGGACACACCUUUAUUUUCUUUUGUCAUUCAGUAAAAAUGUUUUCAACGGUACAAGAGUGUUGCUAUAGUAAAAUCUGUAAUAUAUUGUAUAAAAUGUUUUUAUAAAAUUUAAUUCAUAUACAAGAUCAGUAAUAUAUCUAAUUUCACAAUCCAAUAAAUGGUAUUUAUUGGUAGUAAUGUUCUUGACUUUUUUUUUCCAGGAUUUUUAAUAUACCAAUUAUGGCCAGUAAAAGAAUGUGUUAAAAGUAUGACAUAUUCUACAGAUGAAUGUGUCUUUAUAACUGCCUUGACAUUUUCUGUCAAGUUUUAAGUUUUGCAGAUGGGAUACUGUUAGCAUCACCUUUCUCUGGUGCAUGAUUGUGGUUGUACUGCUUGGUGCAUUUAGGCAGUAGCAACAUUUGGUUUAUUGAGAUUGGUUUGACAUAUCAAGAUGGUAAUUUGUAUGCUGCCUUGGUCAGAAUAAAGUGAUGGUAAUUUGUACGCUGUCUUGGUCAGAAUAAAGUGAUGGUAAUUUGUAUGCUGCCUUGGUCAGAAUAAAGUGAUGGUAAUUUGUUUUCUGUGUACAGAACUCUCUAUGCUAAAGUUGUUAUAAGUAACUAGGUUGCUUACUAUGCUCUUUCUAUUCAAUUACCUAAGAAAACUAAUAUUGCCUGUUAAUAUUGCCUGUUAAAUUGUUUAUUAUUUUAAAUCUUAGAAGGAGCUUUGAUUGAAUCUUAUCAUUGAAACUGAUGAACAGUGUUAGCUUUGUUCUUGUUUGCUAAACAACUGUUAACGCAUUUAAUUAUAUGUAUUUUUAAGUCAGUAAUGUACAGUUAAUGUUUAAUUAGGUGAAAUAUUUUUAUUGAUGUAUAGUGAUUUAAUAGUUUUGCUUCGCCUUUGGUGUCAGAGACACAGGAGACAUAGUGUUUGAACUGUUCAUCUGUUUGUCAAACUUACUUGUGUACUCAACUCCUAAAGUUUCCAUUUAAUUGAAGUGAAAGGUGUACUUUGUCAACAUGAAGUUGAAAUGCACAUAUUCUCAGGACUUUAUGUCUGGUUAUUUUUUCUUGAGUUUGGACUUCAGCUACAUUAGAACAUUGUGUACUCAACUGUUCUUACUGUUUCCAUCCAACUGAAAUGAUCAUCAACAUGAAGUGCACAUGCUUAAAUUUUCAGAACUUUUUUGUUCAAAUUUUAUUAGUUACAGACGUUUUCGACUUAAAAAUAUUGCUGCUGCAUUGAAUUAUUUUCAGUUUUCCAACAUCUUCAAAUAAAACUUGUUAAAAAACAUCAACAUGAAGUAGAUGUGCCUUUUUUCCAGAUUCUUGUGUCAGAAAUUAUUAAAGUUAUGCCCUUGUUUUCAUGUUACUUAUUCUCCUUUUAGUAAUUUUCACUGGGCAUGUGUCAUACUCUUGUUAUUUUGGAAUAUAGAUGUUUGCUUUUAGCAGCUAAAAUAUUACAAGCUUUGUGACAGCACCUGGUACCAGUUUCUAUUAUAGAUGGUAAAAGUUGCUUUAUAUAUUGAUACCAUUACCUACUUCAUUUUCUAACAACUUUUUCUAGUCAGAUUGUUAUGCCUCCACACAUUUAUGUGGGGGCAUAUAGCGUUGCUGCUGUCUGUAUGUCCGUCUGUACCUAUGUUCAGAAAUAUUGUGUGUCCAACUCCUCCCACACUAUUAGCCUGAUUUGCUUCAAACUUUCACAGAUGAACAAGCUAGAUGUGCAGAUGACUAGAAAGGAAGGGUUUUUUUCUAUGACUAUUUUUACCACAGUUAUGACCCUUUGAUAGUUUUUGCUGUAUGGAAUAUAGAGAAAAAUAUUGUGUGUCCAAUUCCUCCCACACUAUUAACCUGAUGUGCUUCAAACUUUCACAGAUAAACAAGCUUGAUGUGCAGAUGACCAUAAAGGAAGGAAUUUUUUCUGUGACAAUUUUUACUGCAGUUAUGACCCUUUGAUGGUUUUUGCUAUAUAGAGGAUGGCACAGUAUGUGGGGGCAUCCGUGUCCUAUGGACACAAUUCUGGUUAGCUUUAAAUUGUAUGACGAAUAUGGCACAGUGAUGUGGAUGUCAGAUUAUGUCAUAAUUAUAUUGAGAAAUUUUCUUGCUUCUUAUUAGCUCACCUGAGCAUGAAGUUCUCAAAGGUGAGCUUUAGUGAUUGCCCUGUGUCCGUCGUCCGUCCGUCGUCAGCAAUUUGACUGUUAACACUCUAGAGGUCACAUUUUUGGCCCAAUCUUAAUGAAACUUGGUCAGAAUGUUACCCUCAAUCAAAUCUUGGACGAGUUCAAUAUUGGGUCAUCUGGGGUCAAAAACUAGGUCACCAGGUCAGAUCAAAGGAAAAGCUUGUUAACACUCUAGAGGUCACAUUUUUGGCCCAAUCUUAAUGAAACUUGGUCAGAAUGUUACCCUUAAUAAAAUCUAGAACUAAAUCGAUAUUGGGUAAUCUGGGGUCAAAAACUAGGUCACCAGGUCAAAUCAAAGAAAAAGCUUGUUAACACUCGAGAGGUCACCAUUUUGGUCCAAUCUUAAUGGAACUUGAUCAGAGUAUUAACCUCAAUAAAGUAUUGGACGAGUUCGAUAUUGGGUCAUCUGGGAUCAAAAACUAGGUCACCAGGUCAAAUCAAAGGAAAAGCUUGUUAACACUGUAGAGGCCCCAUUUGUGGUUGUAUCUUCAUGAAAUUUGGUCAGAAUGUUAAUAUUGAUGAUCUUAAGGUUCAGUUUGAAUCUGGGUCAUGUAGGAUCAAAAACUAGGUCACCAGGUCAAAUCAAAGGAAAAGUUAGUUUACACUGUAGAGGCCACAUUUAUGAUCAUAUCUUAAUGAAACUUGGUCAAAAUGUUAAUCUUGAUGAUCUAUAGCUCAAGUUCAAAUCUGGGUUAAGUGGGGUCAGAAACUAGGUCACCAGAUCAAAUCAAAGGAAAAGCUUGUUAACACUCUAGAGGCCAUAUUUAUGACUGUAUCUUCAUGAAACUUAGCCAGAAUGUUAAACUUGAUGAUCUUUAGGUCAAGUUCAAAUCUGGGUAAUGUCGGGUCAAAAACUAGGUCACCAGGUCAAAUCAAAGGAAAAGCUAGUUAACAUUUUAGAGGCCACAUUUAUGACCAUAUCUUAAUGAAACUUGGUCAGAAUAUUAAUCUUGAUGAUCUUUAGGUCAACUUAAAAUCUGGGUCAGGUGGGGUCAAAAACUAGGUCACUAGGUCAUAUCAAAGGAAAAGCUUGUUAACACUGUAGAGGCCACGUUUAUGACUGUAUCUUCAUGAAACUUCGUCAGAAUGUUAAACUUGAUGAUCUUUAGGUCAAGUUCGAAUCUGGGUCAUGUCGGGUCAAAAACUAGGUCACGGGGUCAAAUCAAAGGAAUAGCUAGUUAACACUUUAGAGGCCACAUUUAUGACCAUAUCUUAAUGAAACUUGGUCAGAAUGUUAAUCUUGAUGAUCUUUAGGUCAGGAGGUCAGGUGAGCGAUACAGGGCCUUCAUGGCCCUCUUGUUUUUAUUGUUGUUCUGUAGUUUUUAGUUAUAAACAAAAGUUAAAUGUGAAAUGAAAAAAUUAAAUAUGCUUUAAAGAUGAUAGUAUAUUUGAAAAGGUUAUAGCUUUUACAUAUUUAUUUGUAUAUGUAACUUUGUGAAACAACAUUGUUGGAUUGAACUCUUUACUGUUGCAACUUUGCAUACCUAGAAAGUACAGGACAGCAACUUUAUUUAAAGAACACUGGUGAAAAUAUUUAGACACGUUUUUAUUAAAAUGUUGAAAUUGAAUAGUUUGCUGCUCCAUCUUGUUUAGUUUUGGAAAUACUUCUGUGUUGUACUUUCUAUGUUUGUAGAAUUCAUCAAAUGGGAUCCAUCUCCAACCUUGAUAUGAACAUUUGUUAUUUUUUUAACAAAGUUACUUUACUGUUAAUUGCUUGGAUAUUCAUAGCUAAUAGCUUUUGGAAUUCAAAUUCAGACUUAAUGUAAAAAAAUAUUGUUCUGAGUUGACUAUGCUUUACACAAACUUCUUUUAUGUUAUACUGGACACUGUAACAAGUGCUGGAAUAACAUGUAACUCUCCCAUUUUCUACCUCACCUAGAUAGUCAGGUGAUUGUGUACUGCUCACUAGGAAAACCUCUGUUUGCUUCAAUUUUGUCUCUUUAUAUGACAAUUUUAAUUUGCAAAUAUCUUUGGAAAUAUAUAGCAAUGAUCUGUUUGGCAAAAACUAGCCCUGGAUAGCCCAGUGAAACAUAGCUUAUACAAGACAGCAACUUCAAUAUAUACAGUGUUGAAGAUCAGAUUUUGGACUGCCUCUCACUUUGAAAAAAUAUGUUGAAUUGCAAUUCUGUAACAGAUAAAAAACUUUUGGGGGAAAUGUUAAUAGGGAUAUGUGAGAUAAUUACUGAACAAUUCCUAUUUAAUGGGAUUGAAACAUGCUUUUUGCACUGUUUUUGUGGGUUUGCUGGUUAAGUUAUUUUGUUCUGAAAAUGUCUUACUCUGAUGUGGUAACAGGUGUAAACUUAGAAAAUUCAUCAUCACUAAAUUUCAUUUUCUGCAUGGAACUCAUUUUAAGGUAACUAAAAAAAGUAAAAAUCAUUUUAAGAAAUGUCUCAUAGGUCCUCAUAACCAUUUCAUUAUACAAUCAGGAUUGGGUAGAUUUAGUUGUUUAUGCAUUAUGAAAUGUAAUGCAGUAUAGAUGUUCAAUUUUUCAAUUUCAUUCCUGUAUAUAUAUUGUGUUACCAAGUUGGAACACAUACAUUCAAAGUCUGCAGUCAUGCAGGUGCACAUAAAAUGGAAUUAAAUAAAGAGUAGAAUUUUACAUGAUUAAAUUAUUUGAUAAAGUAAGAAAAAAAAAAAGAUUAGUAGCUUGAGAAGCAAGCUCUAUAAUUUUGCCACUUUUGAAUUCAGUGUUCAAAUUGUUUUAACCUUUAAUUUUUAGCUCACCUGAGCACAAAGUACUCAUGGUGAGCUAUUGUGAUCACGCUGUGCCCGUCGUUCGUCCGUCCGUCCGUCAAGUUGUCCAUCCGUCGUCAACAACUGUGUUUAAAUGACAUCUCCUCCAAAACCACUGAAUGGAUUUUGAUGAAACUUGGCCUGGAUGUUCCUUGGGUGGUUCUCUACCAAAGUUGUUCAAAUGCAUAGGGGCCAGCAGAGCUAUAAAUAGAAAAUUCUUCAAACGACAUCUCCUCCUAAACCACUGGUCCGAUUUUGAAGUACUGUAAAUCCGGUAUUAUUUGUGGUGUUUUAAUUUUCGCUAUUUUUCGCGAAUGGGGUACAUCGCGAAAUCAUGAAUCCGCGUAAAUAUCCUUCCAUAACAUACAGACAUAUCCGAAAAUAUGUCCAAAAUACGGUCAAAUUCAGCAGUGAAUACUAGCAACCUAUACAUUGAUGUUUAUUGAAUGAAUUUCAAUUCAUUUCACAUUUCAAUACAUUAUAAAUAGUUCAUGUAGAAUAUACUGCUUGAGGUUACAUUUACAUGCAGCUGGCAGUUUUUAACGGAGAGCAUCUUCUGGAUGCACUUCGUAUGUGUCAAACAAGCAGAGCGCGUGUUGUACGAGGAGAACAUUUAUAUCAUCCCUUAUCUUCUAAAUAAACCUGAUUUUUUUACACAUUUUGUUAAGACAACAGUAGGGAUAAACGGACAAUUUAUCACACCGUUGUAUUAUAUACUUGUACGUUGAUUAUUUAUGAAAUGGUUGUAACAAACAUUUUAUUGGCUAUUAAGUGUAAUAAGAAUGAUAGCCAGUAACUUGAAUAAAGGAUUUAAAUGCUCAAUUAUCUCAGUCUGUAUGAAUAAAGUAACCGAUUGCUAAAAUGAAAAAAAAGUUACGGACCAUGUGUUUGACGAGUCUUUAGCCUGCAUUAAUUUGGUUCCGGAACUGAAAUUUUGCUAACAUGAGAUAAGAACCUUCGCGAAUUUAAAUUUCUGACCCUUCCGUCGCGAAUUCAUGAAUUCGCGAAAUAAUUCAGGAUGCCGGAAUUCGCGAAACAAAGAUCACGCUAAUAUAAAGUGAUUUACAGUAAUUUCUAACAAAUGGUCCUUAUGUCACCCUCAACCAAGAUUGUUCAAAUUUUACCGAUUCGUCAAAAAACAUGGCCGCCAGGGGGCGCUGUCAGUUUUCCCUAUUUGUAUUUAGUGGAAACUUUAAAAAUCUUCUUGUGUGAAACUUCUGGCCCGAUUUUAAAAUAAUUUAAUACAAAUGGUCCUUGUGUGACCACCAAGAUUGUUCAAAUUAUUCCGAUUCGUCAAAAAAACAGCUGCCAGGGGACGUGGUCACUUUUACCUAUAUAUAUAUGGUGGAAAUUUAAAAAAUCUUCUUGUGUGAAACUGCUCCCCUGAUUUUCAAAUAAGGCCUACAAAAAAAUUCUUGUUUCCGGUAACAUGCUAAAAGAUUUUAGGGUAGGUAGGUUGGAAAAAAAAAAAUUCUGGAAUUUAUUAAGUGAGUCUUUUUUUUAUGUCAAAAAAUGAAUACAAAUAGUAUCAGUAAGUUGAUUUCUAACAUCACUGACCAUGUUUAAAGUAUAGAAAGUGAAGUUUUGCAACUUUUUGUUAUAAAGUUGAAAAAAAUAUUCUCCAAGGCCAUAAAAACAUUUAGGGUCAGGCCAAAAAUUUAGGGUAGGUCCGGAUACCGGAAACAAACUCUUUUUUUUACGCCUAAUUUAUCACAAAUGGUUCUUGUGAUACCCUCUACCAAGAUUGUUCAAAUUAUUUUGAUUCGUCAAAAAACAUGGCCACCAGAGGGCGUGGUUACUUUUCCCUAUAUGUAUAUAGUGGAAAUUUAAAAAUCUUCUUGUGUGAAACUGCUUGCCGGAUUUUAAAAUAAUUUUACAAAAAUAGUCCUUGUGUGACCCUCUACUAAGAUUAUUCAGAUUAUUCCAAUUCGUCAAAAAACAUGGCUGCCAGGAGGCGUGGUCACUUUUCCCUAUAUGUAUAUGGUGGAAAUCUAAAAAAUCUUUUGUGAAACUGCUGCCUUGAUUUUAAAAUAAUUUUACACAAGUGGUCCUUCUGUGACCCUCUGAUUAUUUUGAUUUGUCGAAAAACAUAGCUGCCAGAAAGCGUGGUUACUUUUCCCUAUAUGUAUAUAGUGGAAACUUUAAAAAUUGUGUGACAUGUAUAUAAUAUAGGCUAACAUAGAAGAAACCUAACUCUGUACUUGUACCAUUACAUUAUACAGAUGCAGUUGAAGCCUUGUGCAGGUGAGCGCUUUAGGGUCAAUGACCCUCUUGUUUUGAAGUUGCAGAACUUUAUGUAAUUAUCUAUACUUUGGUGUGAUGAAAACAAAGAUAGUAACAUAAAUGGUAUACAGUUUGGUAAUAAAAUGAUGCUAUUUAGUCAGUAUGCAGAAUGAACCAACCUACAUGUGUUAAGACUUGUACAGAAACUGUUUAAUGUGAGUUAAUUAUCAUUGCAACUUUGUCAUUAUGAACAUGUCAGAUUUGAAUUAACAGCAUCAAGUGAAAAGAAAUCAAAAUUCUAGUUAGAUAAGAUUAAUAUUCAGACACUAUUGUUAUAAAGGUUAUUUUUAUACCCGCAGAUACAAAGUAUAAGGGGGCUAUAUUGGAGUCAGACAUGUCCGUAUGUCGGUCCAUUGCAUGCUGGGAAGAUUUUCAUAAAACCUAGGAUCAAUUGUUAACCUCAUCAUGAAGACAUGCACAGCUCAUGACCCAGGUCACUAUCUUAGAGGUCAAAGAUCAAAUAGGUAUAAUUUAUGUCCGCUUGGUAUCUCUUAACAACUGGAAUGAUUUUCAUGAAAUUAACAUCAGUUGUGAACCUGUCCAGAGGACAUACAGAGUUAACAACUUAGGUCUAAGGUUAAGGUCACAUGAAGGUCAAAGAUGAUGAUCACAACAUUUAACUUUGUAUGAAAGGAGCAUCUGGGGUAUUAAUAGCCUUAAGUGAUAGUUCUAGUUAAUGUAUUUAGUGCCUUGAUAAUUUAAUUGGUUGUUAAAAUAGGGCUUUCUAACAUUGUACUUUUGGAAUAACUAGAGAUGAUAGAUUGGAAAAGUAUUGUACAGCAUGACAGUAUUUGUGUACAUUCUCUUGUCAGUAAAGAAUCUGUGGACAGUACCAAAACACAUUCUCUGGUUUGUAAAGAAUCAACAAUAUGAUUAUAGUAAAAAUAUAUUUGCACAGUUAGAAAAUAGAUUAUUAUUUAUGUACAUGUAUACAUAAAUCUAUGUAUAGGCAGUUUGUUAAGAGCUGGCUUAGUGGAAUUUGGAAGAUAUUUUAUAUGUAGAGAUAUUAGUCACUGUAUAUAUCUCUUUUAAAAUGGAAAACAGCAUUUAUGAAACUGUAAAAAUGUUUACUUAGAUUUUGUCUCGACUAUCGACUUUGAACUUUAAAGAUUCUCUAUCUGUUAAAAUAUGCAUAAGAUAAAUAUAUUUAAUGCAAAUUAUGUUACAAAUAUAUCGAAUAAACUAUAUGAAAAAUA